AUGACAUCAAUCGGAACAGGAUACGAUCUUUCAAAUUCCGUUUUCAGUCCCGAUGGAAGAAAUUUUCAGGUAGAAUAUGCUACUAAAGCUGUCGAGAACGGCGGAACCGCCAUCGGAAUACGGUGCAAAGAUGGCGUCGUCCUUGCAGUCGAAAAGCUGAUUGGGAGCAAGCUUUUGGUCCCAGGCAGUAACAAAAGGAUUGCUAUGGUCGAUAGACAUGUUGGACUCGCAUGUUCCGGUCUUAUCCCCGACGCUCGUCAUUUUACCUCCCGCGCCCGUAGUGAGGCUGCAUCCUGGCGAAAGUUCUAUCACACCCCUAUCCCAGUUUCCAGUCUGGCGGACAGGAUGGGCGGGUAUGCCCAGGCAUACACUCUCUACUCUAGUGUGAGACCAUUUGGAGUCACUGCAAUCAUUGCAGGGAUGGACGAGGAAGGCGGCCCGGGUUUGUGGAUGGUUGAGCCAAGUGGUGUUGGUUGGGGCUACUUCGGUGCUGCUACUGGUCGUGGUCGUCAGGCUGCCAAAGCCGAGCUCGAGAAGCUACCCUUGCCCAAUAUCACCGUUAAAGAGGCCGUCAAGCAUGCCGCCCGAAUCAUAUACUUUGCGCAUGACGAUAACUCGAAAGAUAAAGAUUUUGAGCUCGAAAUGACAUGGGUCAGGCAUGAAAAACUUGCCACCGCUGAGUCAGGCGAGGGUAUAGUAAAGGGAUGGGGAAAGCACGAAGAGGUUCCAAAAGAGCUGGUCGCUGAAGCCGAGAAGCUAGCUAAGGAAAGCAUGGUCGAGGGUGGAGAUGAUGAGGAGAUGGAGGUAGAAGAGUAA